AGUCAAAGGUUAUUUGUAUAAAAACGAAAUAAAUGAUAGAAGUAGUUAUGGUUGUAUCUGUCGUUCUUCUCUUGUAAUGAACCAGGCCGUUGGAGCAACAACACACACACAGAUACACAGUGAGCUACAGUCUACAGAUUCGUUUUCUUCUCUCCUAUCGAACUAAAUUAUUAGUGUUAUUAUAAUCAGUAUAUAGUAGUAUAAAACUAUAAAAUAAGGGUGGAUGAUAAUAUUAAUAAAUUUAAUUAUUCAAAGGAAUUAAUCAGACACGCGCAGUUAUAUAAUAAUCAGUUUGAUAUUCUUUACCUUUUCGAGCCCCUCCCUAGUCCCCUCCCCUCUCUCUUUCUCACUCUCUUCCUUUCCAAGAAAACAAAGCUCUUGUCCAAAAGAAGUUAUUGUUUCUCGAGAUUUAUUCUCUCUCUGUGUCUCUCUGUGUUUACGACGACGGGAUUAGUUCAUGUUUCGUUCAGAGAAGACGGAAAGAAUGGAUAAACGCCGACGGAGGCAGAGCAAAGCCAAGGCUUCUUGUUCCGAAGAGGUGAGUAGCAUCGAAUGGGAAGCUGUGAAGAUGUCCGAAGAAGAAGAAGAUCUCAUUUCUCGUAUGUACAAACUCGUUGGCGACAGGUGGGAGUUGAUCGCCGGAAGGAUCCCGGGGAGGACGCCGGAGGAGAUAGAAAGAUAUUGGCUUAUGAAGCACGGCGUCGUUUUCGCCAACAGACGUAGAGAGUUUUUUAGGAAAUGAUUUUUUUCUUUUUUCUUCUUCUUCUAAUAGUAUUAUUUAAAAAAAAAAUUCCACUCCUUUUUUAAUUCACAAGACAAGAAAAAAAAAAGGAAAUGUACCUGUCCUUGAUUACUACUAUUUUGGAAUGUAUAAUUAUCGAUAUAAAUAUAAUUUGC